AUGUUUGCAUACUAUCCACCACUUCAUAACAACUACAUCUAUACUCCUUAUCAACCGCGAUUCUAUAACCCGAUACCGCGUCAUCGCAAUGAAUCAUAUUACGCUCCUACAACACCUAUGUACAAUAUAAUUGCGGAUCCAUACGAACAACGACGACGAGCACAGGAGGCAGUUCAGCAGAAACAACGCCGUCGCGAACGAGAAAAUCAAGCUCGUCAACACGCAUAUAGACAGUGGGCUCACGAACAAGAAGCAAAACGUGAUGCAAUGAAAAAAGCAUUUGAACGACAUUCAUAUCCAAAUGACAAUGACAUAAAUCUUAACAAGUUCGUUCCUCCCACUAGUCCGCGAAUAAGGAGGAUUCCAAUUCAAUCUGGUAGUAGCAACGGCAAUCGAUAUACGCGAAAAGAAGCUGCAAAACGCAUAGUAAGAUUUAUUCGUCAUCAUCGAGCCAAUUCGAUUACUCGUCACAUUUUGCGUAAACUUCGUGAACUUAGAAUAAUUGAGCAACAAUUAGGUAAUCUAGAUAAACAAUCAAUCUCUUCAUUGACAUUAUCCUUCGAUGAUGAACAUGGAAAGCAAGUUUUGCCAAAUACUCCAGACAACAAAAGGUUUAUUGGGUACGAAGAAGCCAUUCUAAAGAUCUUAGAUCAAUUAGAUCGCAUUGACAGUAAUGGAUUGGAAGUUAUACGAGAAAGGAGAAAACAUAUUGUUAUGAUUGCUCAAAAGAUGUUGGGUGAGUUGGAUUUAAUAAAGAACGAACAAUGGUCCAGGUUUAAUAAAAAGGACAAUAAGGAAAUAGAUGGAAAUUUCCUGAAAUGCGAAGAAAAAUCUUCGUCGGUAGACAAUGAGGAUAUCGAAAAUCUUUCACCAACACAAAAUAUUCAAAAUAAAAUCGAGCGAUCCGAAUCGCAAACAGAACUUAAAGAACUAUCUUUAAAUGAUCACGAAUCUAAUGAUCAAAAUGAAGAUACCCUAACGAUAAAACCCAACAUUGAAACGAAAACUUCAAUCGACACAAAAUCUGACACAACGGGAGUCGAAAAUGAAGUACCGUUCUCAGAGUCGAUGGAAACUGUAACCGAAAAAGUAAAAGAAGUAUCGUUAGAGAAUAACGUUAAUAAUAGUAUUGUAGAUAAACCUAAUUUAUAG